AUGGGCUCCAAGAUCUUCUCCCUCUGCCUAACAUUUCUACUCUGUCAUGUACAUGGUACUCCAGUCUCUGACAGGCUUCUCUCCAAUAAAGCUGCAGCUGAUGCUGAAGUUGGUGAGAUAGUCAAAGACAUUCCAGAUAUAAACUUAGCUGCUGGACUGGAUCUCUUCCAGGGUGAUAUCUUGCUCCCUCAAGAUCAGCGAAAUGCCCUACAAAAUGAGACCUACAGAUGGACAUUCCCUAUUCCAUACAUUCUGGGUGAUGACCUAGAUCUGAAUGCCAAAGCUGUCAUUCUUCAGACAUUUGAAAUGUUCCGUCUUAAGUCUUGUGUUGACUUCAAGCCCUAUGAAGGAGAGAAAACUUACAUAAUCUUUAGAAAAAAAUCUGGUUGCUGGUCCAUGGUGGGUGACCUAAAGACUGGACAGGUCCUCUCUAUUGGGGAGAGGUGUGACUACAAAGCAAUUGUGGAACACGAGAUCCUUCAUGCUUUGGGAUUUUACCACGAGCAGUCAAGGACGGACAGGGAUGACUAUGUGACCAUCUGGUGGGAUCAAAUUAAUACAGGCCAAGAACACAAUUUUGAGAAGUAUGAUGACAGCUACAUCACUGAUUUGAACACCCCCUAUGACUACGAAUCAGUGAUGCACUAUGCACCGUUUUCAUUCAACAAAAAUGAAAGCAUCCCCACAAUCACAACAAAGAUACCAGAAUUUAAUGACAUCAUUGGACAACGUCUGGACCUCAGUGCCAUUGAUCUGGAAAGACUGAAUCGCAUGUACAACUGCACUUCAACUCAUACUUUUUUGGACCAUUGUUCUUUUGAGCUUGAAAAUAUCUGUGGCAUGAUCCAGGGCACCAGAGAUGAUCUAGACUGGGUCCAUGAAAAGAGCAAUGCUACAGGGCAACAAGACCACACACUUACUGGACGCUGUAGAGAUGCUGGCUAUUUCAUGUACUUCAGCACCAGCUCUGGCAAGGCAGAUGAGGUGGCAGUUUUAGAGUCUCGAAUCCUUUACCCAAAGAGAACUCAGCAGUGCCUCCAGUUCUUCUAUAAGAUUACAGGAAGCCCUUCAGACAAGCUGAUCAUCUGGCUGAAAGAGGAUGAUGGCACUGGGAAUGUUCGCAAGAUGAGGAAAAUUCAAACCUUUCAAGCGGAUGCUGACCACAACUGGAAAAUUGCCCACGUAACUCUGAACGCCCAGAAGAAGUUUCGUUACAUCUUCCAAGGACUAAAAGGCAGCCCCAACUCUUCAUCUGGUGGGAUUGCAAUCGAUGACAUCACACUAACAGAGACCCCCUGUCCCACAGCAGUGUGGGUCAUUCGGAAUUUCAGCCAAAUCCUUGAGAAACCAUCGAGUGAUGUUAUCCAAAGCCCUCGGUUUUAUAGCCCAGAGGGUUAUGGUUUUGGCAUAAGUUUGCAUCCCAGAUCUACCAUAAGUGGCUACAGUCGGAUUGCCUUUCACUUGUGCAGUGGAGAGAAUGAUGGUGUCCUGGAGUGGCCAGCACUGAACCGCCAAGCUGUGCUCACAGUGCUGGACCAGGACCCUGAUGUCUCAAAAAGGAUGUCCUCAAGCAAAAGCUUCACCACACGCAAAGACCAUUUAAGCUCAGGGGAUAACAAAACCUUGAUAUGGGAUAAACCAUCACUUACUGGAAUAUUUGAUGCCUCAUGCAAUUGCUAUAGAAGUAGAUCAUGGGGGUGGACUAACUUCAUAUCCCACAGCCAGAUGAGAAGGAGAAGCUUCCUGAAAAAUGAUGACCUGAUUAUUUUUGCAGAUUUUAAUGAUAUAAUUCACCUCAACUACACUGAAGUACCUGUUGAACCUCAAUCAUAUUCCCUCCUGGAAGAACUCACUCUUGAAAGGCAGAGGAGAGAAGCCCUGGAUAUGGAGCCCAUUCAAGAACAGCUGCCUCAUCUUGCAGACCCAUGUGAGCCAAACCCUUGUCAGAAUGAUGGAGUCUGUGUCAAUGUGAAAGGGAGACCAAGCUGCAGGUGCCUAUCAGGACAAGCUUUCUUCUUUACUGGUGAGAGGUGUCAAUCAAGACAGGUCCAUGGGGACAUCCUGGGAAUGACAAUUGGUGGAAUUGCUGGAACCAUUGUUUUAACCAUAGUCCUCAUUUCCAUUAUGGCUAGAAGAUAAAAUGCUGCAGGGGUAUAAAUCUCAGCUUGGUUUGUUUUGUUUGGCUUUUGUUGUUUGUUUGUUUUUUUCCAUAGUUUGUAAUAAAUCUGGUUUCAGUGAAAAACUAUGAACACAGUUUGUAGAAUACCAGUCAGCAUUUGGAUGAAAUAUUCUAUCAACACCAUGGCAGCACCUUGCUGA